UGUUGUAGCGCGUUAGGAGUUUUCCCGAAAGAAAAGUUUCCUCCACGGAACACGAAAACCUUGACCAAUUCGCUUUGUGCCUGGGAUGUUUAAGCGUGAAGUGAAAUAAAACGAGUCGCGUGAAGUGAGUUACAGAGAUUUGGGCUCGCGCGAGUAGCACAACGCGAGCUGAAGAUCGCGACAACAACACAAGUAAGAGUAAAAGCAAGUGCAUUUGACAAAAAGAAAGUGAGAAGUCCGUGUUUGCGUCGUCGCUUGGUGAUGGAAGGACGGGCUGGUGGUGCUAGUUUGUGUGCCGUUCUCAAGGCAACAGUCUGAAGUUCAUGCGUUCAUAUGAAGGGCUGCCCUGGAAGACGGUUUGAUAAUGUCCAAGGUCAUGACCCUUGAGUGGACAUUACGCAGGCUGUUCGUAAAACAUUCGUAAAUGGUCAGCUACUAGAGAUGACUUUAAUAUCAACGUGGAGCUGCGGGUGGUAUAGGAGAUCAAGGUGGAAUAAAAGAGAGCGAUAAAGAUCAAGGUAAUGGAGCGUAGCAGAGGUGGUACCACCGCAGGGGUUCUUGUGUGGACACCAGCCCCAGCGUAUUCCUCUCCCUCAAGCCCAGACGGGUCGGACUUCAGCUGGGAUGAAGAACCAGAUGAGGACUUUCAAAGCCAGAUGGAUGAGAAUGGCAUCAUUGGCCUGGCAGAGAGUCAAGGGCAGCAGGAGGAGGGAGAGGAGGAGAUUGCAGAAGACCUGUUGUGGGAUGUAAAGACCCCUGAGCCUGAGCAUGGGCCUCCACCUGCACUAGAGGAGAUAAGCUGUCACCUGAGUGAGCUGCUGGACUCUGAGCCGCUCUCUCAGGCUACCGGAGACUGCCACUCUCCAUCUCUGCAGGAAGAACGCAAAACAGAUGAUGACCAAAGUGUUUUGUUGGAAGAUUGGACUGACGAUGAGGACAGUACUCGGAGCCCAACAAUCCACAGUCACAAAUUAAACUCUUUUCCGCAGAGAGACACAGUGCUAGACAUGACUGAUGAGGAAACAGAAGAGAAAGAAGUGCGUGAAGAUGCUCAGGGAUUCAUGGAUCGAGCAUUUCCUGUCACAAAAGAGAUGGCAUAUAUGUUUGAAAGGGUGAAGAGCUGCGAUUACAGUAAUAUCUCUCAAAAUAUUUCAGUUUCAGGAAUCCCAGAGCGUUCUGGGCAAAGUGAUUCUGAGGAACUUGAGAAAACCGAUGGGAAAUUUCUGCCAGUCUCACACUGCAUCUCUAGGAACGCUUUUAAUCCCAUCAGUUCUCCCCAUUUGUCAUCAGGGGAGCUGAUGAAUAACUGCGGAAUUGAUGCUGAGACUUUUCCAGAGGCAGACAUCGGGGCAGAGUCAUCUCUUAGCACCCCUAAAACAUACCACACGGUUAGAUCAAAAGGAGAGGAGAUUAAACACAAGGUCACACCUCAAAUUUCAUCUAGAAGCCCUGUAAUAAAAAUCAGACUUGCAAAAACGCACCAAAACGGUAAGAGUGGAGAAAAAGUAGAGUCACACAGUCGUAACCACAAUCUGCAGCCUCCAACGCCCUCUCCCAGGAAAACAAAUCCAGCUUCCUGCAACGAUCGGGUUUCCAUUCCAGCGCAGUGCAUUUCUAAAGCAAACAUCUCCCCCUCAGAGCGUUCCCCACCUCCUACACCUCAACGGUCUUCUGCAAUAAAGAGCCACAGAACCUUCAAAACCUCUCACACCGAUCCAGAUGACGUCAGGAAAGGACAGCUGAGUCACGCUUUACCUGAUUUCUCUAAAGUGGAGCCAAGGGUUCGUUUCCCAAAAAGCAGUGGAUACAAACCUCCUAAAAGCCGCCAACUUCCUCAUGAUAGAACUGCACACCCCGAAAUUCCCGUAGUGUUCAAGUCCCCUGCAGAGAUUGUGAGAGAGGUCCUUUUGAGCAGCUCUGAUGGGUCUCCAGGAAGCCUCUCCACCAGUGAGGCCCACAAGAGUCUACGCAGCACAGUACCAGAGGAGUUCCGCUGCCCCCAGCAGGCCAGCACACUGAUGCAGCAGCUGCAGGAGGACUAUAACAGGCUACUUACCAAGUAUGCAGAAGCUGAAAAUACUAUCGAUCGACUUCGCCUUGAAGCAAAGGUUGGUCUUUGUUCUGAACCCCCAAAACCCAGUACAGCUAUCCAGUCAGGCGUUAUUCAAGAAGCAUCAAAGGUCAUAACGCUCAGUUUUCCUCAAGCACAGAGGGCAGAGUUCGGUGCAGGCUCUGCUCACAUGAUCCAACAAAGACAUCCCUCAGAAAACUGCAGAAAAACACCAACUCGUCCUUCCUCUGUGAACUCUGUCAGCUCUAGGAGGUCUGGAUGUCUCACCGCAGACCAUCUUACAGAGACUUUGACCAAGCAAACUCACAGAUUUCAGCUACAGGUUGAUGCUUUUGAGGCACUUCUAAGGAAUGGGAAACUCAAGCCCUGUGAACAGAUAAAGGGUCUCUCCACACUGGCACAGGGGCAGGAGUCUCUUGAACGAGCUUACCUAGAUGCACGAGCCCAGUAUCAGAUGCAGCAGCAGCAGAAAGACGGGCUUGUCACUUUUGACCCAGACAGGGACCUAGAAGGUCAGAUCUUCAGGUCAGGGAUGCGAUUGGAGGAGCUGAAGGAGCGGCUGGAGCAAGCAGAACAGAACAAACCCGUUUCUGAACCUAUUUUAAAUCCUCCUUCAGAUGUACUCUCUGUGUCCAUGCUGGAGACCGAACCUCUACCUGAGAGCCCACUGUCUGCUGUCCAUCCUGAGGCUUGUGUUGGUGUGGAGGUUAGUUCAGUUAGCGGAGACAGUGAUGCAGACGGAGAAGAAGACGAGAUCAUCCCGUUUCUUCUUUAUCCCCUCAAUGACAAACACCAGCGUGUGGAGAAAGACUUCAGUAAGCUCAUGGACUGCUAUCAGAGUUUUAAAAAGCUCCCUGGGAUGCUGGACUCAACUUUGACUUUAAAGAGCCGUGACUCGUUGGAUUUUGGAGACUCUGCUUCUUUUGAGAAUACAAGCAUGACGGACAGACAACAACACAGGACUGUUAAUGAGAAAGAGAUGACACAAUCUGCUCAGCAGCAGGCAGCAGCAGAUUGUGUCCUUCCCUCCGGCCCAUCUGUCAGGUCACAGGUGUGUGACUCUAUGGAAACUCACCCAGAGGCUUUUUGCCACGCCUCUGUGUUGCCAGGGCAACUGGGCAGGGAAAGGAAAGUGGCAGGAAACAGGAAAAAACAAAGCAGUAGCCUGACCAGCCUGGCAGAGAGCACAGAACCCAGAACUAUGGCUUUAAAAGCAAAGGCUAAGACUGUCAAAGCAUCCCCUCUGGAUGGGGUUAAGUCUCCAGAGACAGACAGUGGCUUUAUGGGCUCUGAGAGCAGUCAGCUCACUCCUGCAGUUCACAGUCCUCUCCAGCAGAGGGCAGUGGCUAGUUCCAUCAGGCCAUCAAACACAGAAAGACCGGAGGCUUCUCCUCCCGCUAGACGGCCUUUUGUCGCCUCCACAUCUCAGUCACAACCCUCUCCGAAUACCCCAGGAGAACACCUCAACAGGUCUGAAGGAUGCAUGGAUCCUGUUAGAAGCAGAAGAAGGGAGGAAAUGUGUUCUUCUUCCAGCCUUUCUCCCUCAGUAUCCCCCAUUCAUUGGCCCGAUAGCACCCUUCUGCCAUGGCCGAGCAGCUUGACCAGCGAAUCAGAACAUGGGAGUGAUCAUGUCCAUUUCUUGUCAGGGGAUAAGAAAGCACAGGAUGGCCUGUACCCAGCCAAUCAGCAGCUCCGUUCUCACAGAAGCCCCUCCCUCCGUGUGCCUUAUCACCAUGGUGACCACCUCAAAGCCCAAAGUUCCUUUCAGCUAACAAAUCAGCAAGAGGCUCUUAGAUCUCUACAGCAAGAAGUGAACCGACUGAAGGAGAGACUAGAGGGAAAUCUGACACUCUCCAAACCUCUGAGUCCUGUUAAAGUGCCCACUUCUGCCACAGAAUAUACCAGAGAUGAUACCAGGGCUUUCCCACAGACCACAAGGUUUUCAGACAGGAGAAGGCAGCAGAAAGAGAGAGGGAGGAAUGGAGAAAAAGAGAGAGGAAACUCGCCAAGACCCACACUGAAGAAAAGAUCCUCAUCUUUACCUCGACAUCAGUCUCAAACUGAUCUGACGACUGAUUCUGAGCUUGUCCACUCUGAGCCACGACCAUCAACUUUAAAACAUGUCCUGAUGUCCCCUACGACAUCACGAAGAAGACGACAAAGCAGAGGAUUUGGACGUCACAAAGAGGAUAGAACAUCAUCAGCAGGCAGAUCCGACAACAGUGAUGAAUCUGAAUCAAGCCGAGGACCAGAACAUGGCUGCCCAUAUUGCAUUUCAGACCGUGUUGGUUCCUUGACAUGUCCAGUGAGGAGUAGAAGCUGUUUGCAUCUCUUACAGCAUUCCUGCAGCCAUUGCCUGCUGUGUGGUGCAUUAAAAGUCAAUCAAAGGACAUCUCAACCAGCCAAUCAGGAGCCAGUCUCCUCCCCCAGAGGGAGUCAGCCAAUGAGAUCCUCCUCACAGAGGGACAGAGGAGGUGUGAAUGUGGCUCCUCCGCCCACAGUUUUGGGAGGUGUUCCGGUUGUCCCAUAUGUGCCUGUCUAUCCUUCAUCUCUUUAUUUCUCUGGUCCUGUGAUGACACAGGCCUGCUCACAACCCUUUAACAUCUCAGUCAGUCCCAUCAGAGAUGAGCGGCUAGGAGUCAGAGGUCACCGCAGACGCUCUCUCUCAUUGGACCAUCAGAAGCACACUCUGAACAGCUCACUAACCCGCGCCAUCGCGGCAGCUAAAAACAUGAGAGAGGUCUCACAUCGCAUGGCUCACUCUCUGACCUCAUCCUGCACCUACUGACAUCAGCGUUUACAUCUGUUCAUUUAGCAGACGCUUUUAUCCAAAGUGGCGUGUAUUCAUUUUUAUUAGUAUACAGAAACAACUGUUUUUUUUUUUUAUAGCGAUGCAAAUAAUUAUGGAUAAUGUGAAAUGUCUCAGGUGUACAGCUACUUUUAGAGACUGAUAGCUGCUUUAAGGGAGCUUAAACAUUCCAAGUUUGUACAUACAGGGACCCCCAAAAAUAUUAGGCCACACUUAAAUAUGUAUAUAUGGAAUUGCAUUAUAAAGCAAUAUGAAAAAUAAUUUUUUUUUAAUUUGUACAUAAAAAUAAUUUUUUAGGCUUUAAAAAAAAACAAUAAAUAUAACUGUGAUUUCCAAAAUGUUUAUAGCUGUGGUGAAAUACACUGUGCUAGGCCAUGUUUUGGCUUUUUGAUAUGCAUUAAUGUCUUGACGUUUUAUGUUUAAGUGUGGUUUAAAUGUUCAAAAACAUUUGGAUCGCCCGUAUCACACGUUUGUCUGGAAAGUCCAAAAAUUUAACAGAUUUAUAUGUACUUUCACAGUGUGAAGGUGAACUUGUUUUACGUUUAAAACUGUCAGUGACAGAUUUUAAAAACUUAGUUGUUUUUUUUUUUACAUGGAUAAACUAAGUAUAGUGCUGCUCUAGCGUUUUUAUUUAUAUUACCAUACUUUUGUGCUCUAUUUGUUUACCUAGAAUUUCCAAAUCACAUAACCUUUUUUAAAGUAGCCUUAAUGCCCGUGUGACAUGGUUUUCUACCCCCCAGUUUGAUUGAGUGGAGUAUUUGGAGUCUUAAUCUUACAAGAGUUUGUAGCAGCAUUAAGGUUAGUGUAAAAAGACCAGCGUGCAUUUACUUUGUGAAAAGUCAUUAGGAAUUUGGAACCCCCUAGAAAAGUGGGGUUUUGCAUAAUAUUGGCACAAAUCAUCUUUAGUCUGAUCAUUUUGCACUGAUAAGGAACAACACAAACUACAAAAACAUAUUUUAUUACAUAAACGAUUUAUACAUAGAAAAUGCUUAUAUGUCCGAUUCAACAAAAUAUCCACCAUUAGCAUCUAUCUCUGCAUAAUCUGGGCAUCCGAGCUGUUUAUUCAAACGUUGACUUGAUAUUAUUGAUAUUACUCCAAACCUCCUGAAGGAUUGCCCAAAGAUGAUUCACACUGGUUGAUUCAUCACGGUCCAGUUCCUCCCAUACUAGCUCAACUUUGACGUGUAUAUUGCCGUUAUUAUGUAAUAAAAUGAAAGUUAUCAUUGCUGGUCUUCAAUGAUAAUGUCGGGUUACUUUAAUGUACUGUAUUUGCACCAAAAAUGCUAAGGAUUUAUGCUUAUAUCAUCCAAAACCGCACUUUGCCAGGGGUGUUUCCAAACUUUUGGAGGGCAGUGCAAGUCUUUAUAGGUUAUGUAAUAUUAUUACUAAAUAUAUCAAUGUGUAGCUUUCUAAAGUAAAUUUCUUUUUAGUGCUGCUUUGUUCAUUUAAGUGAACAAAUGAACUAUUUUGGGCACCACCUAGUUAGACUAAUUUAAUGAAUAAUAAUGUUUCGGUCAUGUGUUUUGUAUUUAUAGAACUGUACUUUUAUACUAUAUUUACUACUAUAAAUGUUUCUAUAAUAUUUGACACGUGUUUCUUACAGUUACUUCACCAAGAUUUAUUUUUCUCAAGACUGGAUCUACUCUUGACCGUUCCUGUAGCUGCAAAUCUGUUAAGAGCCAGCUAGUGUAGCACAUAUUCAGGUUAGUGGCUAAUCAAACACUUCACAACAAUAUUAAUUUGAUGCAACACGAUCAUGGAAAAGCUUCGAAUAACUGGAAUGAUUUAAUAUGUGUUUAAACAUCUGUAUAAUAAUGGAAAACCGAUCAUCCCAUAAAUCUAUGUAAUUUUGAUAAUAUAAGAAACAAGGAGAAUCUCACAGUCCAGACAAGAGCACGUCACAAAAAUGUACUGAUUGCAUAUUUGUAAUGGAAGCCAAUUUAUUAGACAGCCUUAGUACAUCGGUACACAUGAAGUAUACUUUAGUUUGUGCUUCAACACUCGCAAACAUAGAAUCCCAGUAAGAUCAACAGGUUUAAGACAGACUACGUUCUUAUUUAUUGAUAUUCUCUGAAAAAUAAAUAGAAUAGAAAUCAAUCCAGUCGACACAGCUAUACAACAGCAAACCCAAAUGAAGGUAAUCGUUUAAAAGAAGAGAGAGAACCAUAGAAGCGUUUGCAUCACAGAAAACGCGUAGUGCAAUAUACAACCUUUCUGCCAGAACAGAGUAAAGAGGAAACUGAAACCCAAACAUUAAAAAGGGGGGUUGCGUUUCGUUGCAAAGCCAUUCACCAGUGGAAGAUAUAACAUUGCACCAGAAAGAAACUAUCGGACGGACAAACGAAAGAUAGAUUUUACCUAUUAUUUUUUUUUUCCCCAGUUUAUCACUACAGCUACAGCUAAUACGUCACAAACACAGUGGCUUCACAUUGGCAAAGGAAAGUUUUACUACUUCACAGUCAGAAAUUUUCACCAGUCAACAGUGAGACGAAAAAACAGUAACAUAUGGCAUACAACAACACGCUACUCAGUGCAUGUCCCGGUUAAACAUUGUUUACUAACCAAUGAUAAGACGAGAUACAAUACUGAAAUACAACUGGCCCUUUUUUUUGAAUUCCUUAAACAUCUGCAAGCAACGGCCUUCUUCACACUAAAUCAUGAGGUCUCUGUAGAAGGAGACGUGAAAAGAAAAGGAGAUGGAGAGUAAACGCUCCCGGGAAUCGCGAUUGAAGGAGGGGUGACGUCCGCUAUCUAUGUACAGUGUCUCUUUCACGUUUACGGCUUGAGGCUUUGAUCUGUUACUCCUUUGGCCUCCUUCCUCUUCAUCACUGGAGUCCCAGAAGAUGCUCAUUGUUUCGUUCUUAACAUGUUUUUUGUAUUUAUUUUUUACUUGCGUUUGAAAACAUGUCAAAAUGGCCACAUAGUAGCGUCCAUGGCAUGCACAUCUAAAAUGAGACAACAAUUAAACCCAAGCAUCUCGACUGGGCGGCAGCUUAGCCUUCAGCGUAGGAAGUGAUAUGCAUCGUUUUGCCUCACUGGUCUAUUUGCAUACAAACCAGUCCCUCCCCCAACCACUUUUAAACCAUUCAAAUAACAGAAAGAAAAGAAAAAACACACACCAAGUUAAAUAAGGAACAAACGCAAAGAGUGAUCUACCAUUUACGCAUUCUAGCAGGUUCCAUAACAUACAAUAUUACAUUUGGUACUUUCAGGUUUUUAAAUGGCAAAAUGAAAACUCAGUUUGACAGUCUAAUCAUUUGCAUCCAUUGUAAAACAGAAGAAUACUUGCAAUGAUUCUUUUAUUUCAACAUUAUAUAUAUAUUUAAAUAUAUAUAAAUUUAUAGAAUAUUCUUUUUAACUUGUCACCAAUCACCUUUUUUUUUUUUUCUUUUUCUCUCAAGCAAGAUGCAUA